UUCUUGAGGUUCCUGAGCUGCGCGGUCUCCUCUCUCUCUCUCUCUCUCCGCACUUUUUGAGAGGGAGAGAGAAAGAGAGGAAAAUGGCGGCACCUGAAGCUCCUAUUUGCUACGUCGGAAUAGCGAGAAAGUCCGCCGCUUUCCGUCUCAUGAAACAAAUGGGGUGGGAAGAAGGAGAAGGGCUUGGGAAAGAGAAGCAAGGGAUCAAAGGAUAUGUCAGGGUUAAGAACAAACAGGACACUGCAGGUAUUGGUGUAGAUGAACCCAAAAAUAAGUGGGCGUUUGAUACAUCACAGUUUGACAACAUCCUCAAGAGAUUGAAAGUGCAAGCAGCAGAAACCAAGGAUGAAGGUGUUGAAAAGGAUGAUGUUCAAGAGGUUGAUACCGGUGUCACCACAGAGAUUAAUACAGUUGUCAAGUCUACUCGGCCCCAAGGAAGGUAUAAGAAAAGAGAGAGAGGGAAACUUGUCCAUGCAUAUUCUUCCGAGGAUCUUGGAGGAAUACUUGUCAAAAAAGUUGAGCAAUUUUCUGAGACAAACUCUAAUCCGGUUGGCAUAUUGGAGUUGGUGGAAGAACCUGAAGCUGAAAAUCAUGUUAUUGAUGUUGAAGGAAACAAAGGUAACGAUGUUUCGCUGGAAUGGUGGGGUUAUAAAUCUGGAUUUGUGUCAGGAGGUUUUCUUGGAGCAGAAUCCAGGAGAAAGAAAUCUCUCCCAGCCGAAAAUACUCAAAAAUCUCAGGAGAGGGUUGCUUUUCAUGAAGAAGAUCAAGAGAAUCUUUACAACCUUGUCCAAAAUAAAGCAACAUCUGGAAAACAAGGAUUGGGCAUCAAGGACCGGCCAAGGAAAAUAGCUGGUUGCCACUUUCAAGGGAAAAAGAUAUCGUUUGAUGACAGUGUUGAUGAGGAUUCUUCUGAUUCUAGUUCUUCAAGAAAACGAAAAUAUGGUGACAUAUCACAACUAAACAAGAAUGAUGAACCAAAGAUCAAGCUAAAAAAGUUGUGUCGGAAGCUUCUUCUUCAGGUAGCGGGAGAGUCAUUAAAGCUGAAACAGCUCAAAGUUCUUAUUGAUGAACACUCUCCUGUUUUGUCUGACUUCUCAAAAAGAGAAGCUCUUGCUUUCUUGAAACGAAAGCUAGAAAGCAGUGACAAGUUUUCUGUGGAGCGAAAAAGAGUGCAUCUCUUAUCAAAAAGAGGCGAUUAAGUUUUGCAGCUGUGCUAGGAAAACACAUAAGAUUUUCACAGAAUAGGACACAGAUGUGAGACAAUAACGCAUCUGUGUUAUGUGAAAACUUUAUGUACACUUAGAUUUACUCUAGGUUUUGCUAGGAAUUUUACUAGGACACUGAUAUUUUCAGAGAAUAGGACACUAAUAUUUGUACCGAUUUGUACAUUGCAGCUGAGACUAGUUAAAUAUUCUGCUUAACUUGUUUGUAGUUUGGUUUGUUGAAGAGGUUGGUUUGCAUUCAUUUUACUUUAUGGUUCAUUUUUUUGACCAAAGUAUUGAAUAAAUUAAUGACUUGCUUGUAUU